CUUUGACGUUUAUGAGUACCGGGUGUCACGCGGUAGUAUUGUGACUGGCUGUUUACUCUCAGAGCCGAUAGCUAAACUUCAUAUCGACAGACUUUUAGGAAUUUUAACAUUAUAUUUGUAUUAAAAUGUAUUUCGAGGACAUUGGUAAACACGUCGAGGGCUGAACAGCUAAAUGUGGAGCAGUGCUAAGUGUACAAGAACGGUUUGGAUUUUGGUCAGCUGACCACCUCUUGAGAAACAGUCAUAUCAGGCCAUGGCUGGCAGAGAUGUAAACGAGAGCACUCCUCUUUUGGACAACUCUGUGGCUUCAGCCAGAUCAGAGUCAGUGUUCAAUGGCAGGAGACUGGCAUGUGCUGCCAUACUGCUGGCAGAGUCUUUAGAGAGAAUGGCUUUCUAUGGCAUCACCUCAAACCUGGUGCUCUUCCUAAAUAGCAGCCCCUUCUAUUGGGAGGGCACUUUGGCCAGCCAGGCCCCCUUGAUCUUCAUGGGAGUCACUUAUUUGAUAUCGCCCUUUGGUGGCUGGCUGGCGGAUGCAUUCCUUGGCAAGUUCGUAACCAUAGCCUUAAGUUUAGUCCUGUAUCUGUUAGGGAUGCUGCUUUUCCCCUUAGUGGCCAGUGACAACACCAGGAAUUAUCUGUGUGGAGAAGAGAUGGCGUUCCCAGUGCAGCCUGCAGAAUGUUUUCCUGAAAAUGGGACCGUGCCUGCCAAUGUGACCUGCGUCAAUCGGACGUCGUACUGCGGGCCGGCCAUCUUCAGUGGUCUGGUGCUGGUGGCCAUUGGGGUGGGAGCUGUGAAGUCAAACAUCACUCCAUUCGGGGCAGAUCAGGUGAAGGAUCGAGGUCCGGAGGCAACACGGCGGUUCUUUAACUGGUUCUACUGGUGCAUUAAUCUGGGAGCGAUCUUCUCCCUGGGUGGAGUAGCCUAUAUUCAGCAGAACAUCAGCUUCUCUAUUGGCUACAUCAUCCCUGCCGUGUGCCUCGGGGUGUCCCUCAUCAUCUUUAUUCUGGGCAGAGCGGUUUUCAUAAACAAGCCUGCAGACGGCAGCGCCUUCAGCGACAUGUUUCGGAUCCUGGCCUCGGCCUUCUGUGGACGCGGGCCAAAGGAACCCAGUCUGCUCAGGCCCAAGCCGACUCUACUGGAUGGCGCUAAGGUGACAUACGGUGGGCGAUUUUCAGAGGAGAAGGUGGAGGAAGUGAAAGCGCUGGUCAAAAUACUUCCUGUUUUCCUGGCCCUCAUUCCGUACUGGAUGGUCUAUUUCCAGAUGCAGACCACAUAUUAUCUCCAGAGUCUCCAUCUGACAAUUCCUGGAGCCGAUCCCAACUCCACAGACUCCCACCCGCAAUCGUUUCGCUUCCCAGCGGCUUGGCUGACCAUGUUUGAUGCCGUGCUGAUCCUCAUGUUGAUUCCCCUCAAGGAUAAAGUGGUAGACCCCAUCCUCAAACGUAAAGGCCUGCUGCCCUCCUCUCUGAAGAGAAUCGCUGUGGGCAUGUUCUUUGUCAUGUGCUCAGCAGUGGCGGCUGGUAUUUUAGAGACAAAGAGGCUGGACAUUGUCCACACACGAGAUCCCAUCCCGCAGUCGCUCGGUGGAGUUAUAUACUAUGCAGCCGAUCUACCCAUAUGGUGGCAAGUCCCCCAAUACGUCCUCAUUGGUGUCAGCGAAAUCUUUGCUAGUAUUGCAGGUCUGGAGUUCGCCUACUCCGCAGCCCCGCGCUCCAUGCAGAGCGCUAUAAUGGGCCUGUUCUUCUUCUUCUCCGGCAUCGGCUCCUUUGUGGGAUCUGGACUUCUUGCUAUCGUCUCUCUCAAAGGCAUCGGCUGGAUGUCCUCGCAUAAAGACUUUGGUAACAUCAACGGGUGCACACUGAAUUACUACUUCUUCCUCCUGGCCGCCAUCCAGGGAGUCACACUCCUGGUCUUCCUCAUUGUGUCUGUGAAGUAUGACAAACAGAAGCCCAGAGCAGGGAACCACAGGCAGUCUCUGGCCAACUCAUGACCCCCUUCAUCAUCAGCCAAACUCUCACCUUCACCAUUCCUCAACCACCAACUAUGUGAUAAACUUUAAGCCUCUUAGUAUUUCGAAAAAUGAGGUAGGAUUUGAAAUGUUUGACUCAACUUGAAUCCCCCUG